UCACACCCUGAAAGAUUAGGGAUCAGGCCCGUUAUCCUGGCAGCCGGUUCAGUUUUAACCCUGGGGCCCGCCCAAGGGUCAGAGUACGGGCUGGGAGGAUGUGGGGGCGGGUGGAGAUGUAAAAAAGGGGGGGAAAACAUGCGGGGGAUUACAGAUUGGUUAAAUCAUGCAGCUGCUAACAGUGAGUGGAUCAAAGAACAUCCAGAGUGUGGGUACAACCUGAUUAACUCUCCCCACCUGCGACCAGCCUGGGUCUUAGAUCGAGCUCUGUGGCAUUUAACCACCAGAGUAGCAGAGGGACGCUACGAAGCUAAAGGACUUCCUGCUGAUAUUACCAACGAGAGCCAUCUGAAUGCCAUCCGUAGUGUGUUGUGGCAGGACGUGUAUCCUCAGAUCAAACUGUGGGAGUUCUACCAGGUCAAAGUGGACGUUGCUGUGGAGCAGUUCAGGACCCUACUACUAAAUGGCACCAAGCCAGACCAUAGUAAGACCGAGGGGAAGAAGGGUCUGAGGAUCAUUCAGGACCCAAAUUACCGUCGUUAUGGCAGCACAGUGGACAUGGACUCUGCUCUGGAGACCUUUGUACCUCACAGCUCGUCCCCAGAGCACAUUGAGGAGUGCUGUGGUUGGCUGAGACAGAGAGUGAACCAGCUGAAUGAAGAACAGCACCACAUUGUGCACCAGCAUCAGGAGCAGGCUGCCAACUGUAUUGUGGGAAACGUAGUGUACGAGCAUCUGGCGGACAACGGCCCCAAACUCGGUCCUGUUUGCAGGAAAAACCCUCUGGUAACCAGGUAUUUCACCUUCCCGUAUCCGGACAUGACUCUGGACCAGGAGCUGCAGCUGCUGGACCAGCCAGACAAGACGUGUCACUUCCUGGCUCACAACGGUUGGGUGAUGAGUGACGAUCCACUGCGCAACUUUGCUGACUCAAGCUCCAACGUGUACCUGCGUCGGGAGCUGGUAUGCUGGGGGGACAGUGUCAAACUCCGCUAUGGCAACGGGCCCGAGGACUGCCCGUACCUGUGGGCCCACAUGCAGAAAUACACCGAAAUCACAGCCACGUAUUUCCACGGAGUGAGACUGGACAACUGCCACUCGACACCAUUACACGUGGCCGAGGCCAUGUUAGAUGCGGCCAGAAGGGUCAGACCCAAUCUGUAUGUGAUAGCUGAACUGUUCACAGGCAGCGAGCUCAUUGACAAUGUGUUUGUGAACCGGCUGGGAAUCAGCAGCCUUGUACGAGAGGCCAUGUCAGCUGGAGACAGCCAUGAAGAGGGCCGGCUGGUCUACCGUUACGGGGGCGAGCCAGUCGGAGCUUGUGUUCAGCCCAGCCUCCGCCCACUGAUGCCCUCCAUCGCCCAUGCCAUGUUUCUUGAUGUAACCCAUGACAACGAGUGUCCCAUACAGCUGCGUUCAGCACUGGACUCCCUCCCCAGCUCCGCUAUGGUCUCUAUGGCCUGCUGUGCUACUGGCUCCACCAGAGGAUAUGAUGAACUAGUGCCACAUCAGAUCUCUGUGGUGAAGGAGGAGCGUUUUUACCCCAAGUGGAACCCCUCAGCGCCCCCCAGCUCCACUGGUGAGGUUGGAUUCCAGACUGGCAUCAUAGCUGGGAAACUGGCACUCAACAAGCUGCACCAGGAUCUGGCUUCACAGGGAUUCAUACAGGUGUUUGUAGACCAGGUUAAUGCAGAUAUCGUUGCGGUGACUCGACACUGUCCCAGCACACACCAGUCUGUGGUGGCGGUGUGCAGGACCGCCUUCUGGAACCCCAAAACCCACCAGUACGACACCGACGUCCCACCCAUGUUCAUACCAGGGAAGAUAGAGGAAGUGGUACUGGAGGCAAGGACCGUGGAGAGGCAUGCUGGGAGUUAUAAGAAGGAUAACGACUACAUCAACGGCAUGCCAGAAUACACUGUGGAAAUAAAGGAGCACAUAUCGUUAGAGGAGAGUGCAGUGGUGAAGCAAGCUGGAGUGAUAUCUAAAGGUGCAUCCGAGUUUGUGCAGGAAAUCACCUUUCAGAAGUUGACGCCUGGCAGCGUCAUCGCCUUCAGGGUUAGUUUGGACCCCAAGGCCCAGAAGAUGGCGGGGUUGCUGAGGUUUUAUCUGUCGCAGUUCAGCCCAAAAUACAGGCGAGGCAGUGUAGCAGACGAAAACCCACCACAAGCACUGCAGAAACCCCUGGCACUGCUGAUGUCCAGGCUGACGCUAGCAGACCUGAACAUCCUGCUGUUUCGCUGCGACUCAGAAGAACAAGAAGAUGGCGGAGGCUGUUACAGUAUCCCGGGAUGGGAGAGCCUCAAAUACGCUGGACUACAAGGUCUGAUGUCAGUCCUGGCUGACAUCCGUCCCAACAACGACCUGGGCCAUCCGCUGUGUGCUAACCUCAGACAGGGGGACUGGCUGAUAGACUUUGUCUCCAACAGACUGAUAAACAGAGAGGGACCACUGGCCCAGGUGGGUGAGUGGUUGGGAGCCAUGUUCGACUACUUGAAACACAUCCCCCGCUACCUCAUCCCUUGUUACUUUGACGCCAUCCUGGUGUCCACCUACACCACAGCCCUGGACGCCACUCACAAGCUCAUGUCCAGCUUCAUCCAGAAUGGCUCCAGCUUUGUUCGUUACCUGGCGCUGGGUUCUGUUCAGAUGUGUGGUGUCGGACGCUUUCCUGCCCUCCCUCCUCUUUCAACCAAACUGGAGGGCGUCCCGUACCGCAUUAGUCCAAUCACAGGCGAGAAGGAGCAGUGCUGCGUCUCAUUGGCUGCAGGUCUUCCUCAUUUCUCCUCUGGGAUUUUCCGUUGUUGGGGCAGAGACACUUUCAUCGCUCUCAGAGGACUGAUGCUGCUCACUGGGAGACACAUUGAAGCUCGCAACAUCAUCCUGGCCUUUGCGGGGACUCUGCGUCACGGUUUGAUCCCCAACCUGCUGGGUGAGGGUCGCUGUGCCCGGUACAACUGUCGGGAUGCUGUGUGGUGGUGGCUGCAGUGCAUCCAGGACUACGCUACCCACGUUCCUCAAGGGCAUGAAAUCCUUCGCUGCCCUGUCACACGCAUGUACCCCACUGAUGACUGUGGACCCCAGACUCCUGGAGAGGUGGAGCAGCCUCUGUAUGAUGUGAUCCAUGAGGCUCUGCAGCGCCACCCAGGAAUUUCCUUCAGAGAGAGAAAUGCUGGAUCCAAAGCAUCUAUAAGGACGCUACGAGCCUCCACCCCUGGUGCACCAGCUGAGACCCAAAAUUCCUUUGCCCGGGGGGUGGCUCCAGAGCUGUUCACGGUGGAGAGAGCAUGGACGGCUCUGGACGUGGCUGAGAAGAAACUACUGGGACCACUGGGAAUGAAGACCCUCGACCCUAAUGACAUGGUGUACUGUGGUAUCUAUGACAACGCUCUGGACAACGACAACUACAACCUGGCAAAAGGCUUCAACUACCACCAAGGCCCCGAGUGGCUGUGGCCGGUGGGCUACUUCCUGCGUGCUAAGCUCUACUUUGCCAAGCAGCUGGGAGACGACGCGUACGCUAAGACCGUCACUCUGGUGAAGAACGUCCUGUCCCGACACUACACCCACCUGGAGAGGUCUCCGUGGAAGGGUCUGCCAGAGCUGACCAAUGAGAACGGCCAGUACUGCCCGUUCAGCUGUGAGACCCAGGCCUGGUCCCUGGCCACUGUGCUGGAGGUCCUCUAUGACCUCUAAAGACCCGGUUCUCCCCCUAAUCCCCCUAAAGCAAAGGUUGUUUUACAGCUCUCAUUAUUAAACAAGUACAUUUUAGUAUAAAAAAGCGCAUCCCUUAAGUCCUCCUAAACAGGACAAUAAAACAAAAAGGAAACCGUAUCCUCCGUUUCAGAUAACUCUCCCUUUGAUCCGGCAGCCUGGAGAUUAACAGAAAGGGCCGAUGUCCGUCUUUUACUGGCUGAGCAGGAGCUUUUAUUUAAUGUAGC